UCCCAUUUGGAGUACUGUCCUCAGUCUGGUCACCUCACUAUAGGAAGGAUGUGGAAACCAUAGGAAGGAUGUGGAAACCAUAGAAAGGGUGCAGAGGAGAUUUACAAGGAUGUUGCCUGGAUUGGAGAGCAUGCCUUAUGAGAAUAGGUUGAGUGAACUCGGACUUUUCUCCUUAGAACGACGGAGGAUGAGAGGUGACCUGAUAGAGGUGUACAAGAUAAUGAGAGGCAUUGACCGUGUGGAUAGACAGGGGCUUUUUCCCUAAGACUGAAAUGGCAAGCACGAGAGGGCACAGUUUUAAGGUGCUUGGAAGUAGGUAAAGAGGAGAUAUCAGGGUUAAGUUUUUUUUAUGCAGAGAGUGGUGAGUGCGUGGAAUGGGCUGCUGACGACGGUGGUGGAAGCAGAUAUGGUAGGGUCUUUUAAGAGACUCCUGGACAGGUAUAUGGAGCUCAGAAAAAUAGAGGGCUAUGGGUAAUCCUAGGUAAUUUCUCAGGUAAGGACAUGUUCAGCACAGCUUUGUAGGCCAAAGGGCCUGUAUUGUGCUGUCAGUUUUCUAUGUUUCUGUGAACCAUGAUUCUUUCUCACUACCAAUCUAACUUACUUAAUUAUUAGAUCAACCAUCUUUCUGUCAUGCUAUUUAUUCUUGUCCAUGACUGGAUAAUGACCAAUAUCAUUCAAUGAUUCAACAGGGCAGACUUUCUUGAUGAAUCCACUCCAAGGUCAAAUCCAUAACACUCUACAUAUGACAACUAAGGCUACUUAUAACUAAUUCCUGCAUACACAUAUAGCCAGUUCUAUUACCUCAUUUAAGUUGUGCACCAAUAUUGGCCAUUGUAUUAAUUACAACUUGCUGGCACACAACUGACAAAACAUUGGAAAUCCACAAGAACCCAAAAUUGGUAGAGCUACUGGUCACAUUAGAAAUUGAAAGUUGAAAAUGUGAGCAUUUAAAAGUUAAUCAAGAUAGUUGUACUUUUGUUGCAGUUAGGCAGUUCAGAAUGAUGAUUCCAUUUUACCUACUCUCUUUUCUCUUCCCAUUCUAUACUAUGUGGGAGCAUUUCUCUCCUCACCUAACAGAUUGUCUUGCCAUCCAUAGAGCAGCUAGCUCAGCAUUAUAAGGGAUGACGUUACUCUGGCAGCCAGCUGACCAAUUGCAGCUCAUUGGCCCCCAGCACUUGAAACAUCAAUUCGUGUUUAUCCCAACAGGGACUCAGGACAGUAAACUAGCUUAGAUCACUGCAACAGAUUUGCUACUUGAAAGACUCAGCCAGCACAUCACAUGCACGCCACACAGACCAAAGUAUCAACAGCAUUAUAGAGAAUGAACUGCUGUCCCCUUUGCAAAUUACAAAUUUCCCUAAAAUACAACACCACCAUAAGCAUUUAUCAGUAACUCCAAUAGGGCAGGACAGCAGGGCAGGGGGAAGGAUGAAAAAAUUGGAGGUGGGGGUUGGUGGUACAGUGUAGCUUGCUCAUACAUACGAGUACUGCAUCACACCAAUGUACCGCUUAUUACGACAUGCGUCAGCAAUACAUUCACGUUCAGAGUGAAGGACAAAGAAAUGAGAGCGCAGCCUGUGUGGUUGCCUGCAAAGGGAGACGAGAAAAAGAAAUAAAUUGUUCCAGAAGACAGAGGUUUUUGCUGCAGCUGUUAAGUCACUGGCCAACAAAGACGUUACUAACAGGACAAAAGACUAAAAGGAAACUGACAUAACUCACUACCUCAACAUUAAAAAAAAAGGAUAUCACAGUGGGAAGAGAACAGGAUCUUUAUUUCCUUCUGUUAUGAUGCUAAUUCUGCCAAGAUCUUAAAAAAAGGCUCAUCAGCGAAGAUUUUCAUUUCAUCAGUGAGAGAAAGAGAGCGCUCUCCAACAAUCUUUUCCUCCUCCAAUCGCCUCCCCCCUCCCCUUGGAGCAAUCAACGGAUUAUUGCUAACUGUGCGGGAGGUAGCCUGCAGCUGCUGCGUCUGCUGGUGGAGAACUGGCUAGUUAAGCUGCUGACUGCAAUAUGCUGCUCGUAGCUGUUUUUAAAUCAGCCGACCCUGGCAGAGAGGAGAGCGAAAUAGAUUAGAGAGCAAAGCUACCAAGAAAGCAGCUGGUUACAGCAGUAGAGAGGUGGGAGAAAGAAACAAACGAAGUGCUUUACACGAAGCAGAGUGCCUGGAUGCUUUAUCAGCGAUGGAGCUCACUCGACAGCUUUCUCAACUCAGAGGACAAAAAUCACGACUGUUGAUGGCGCUGCUCUCUGGGGCAGAGAGGAUGCAUGCACCUGCGUAGCCGAUCGGGCCUCACCUCUGUUGGUCCUUUCUACUUACUGGUUUGGAUUUAUUAGGAGCCAUUUUGUGAAUCCUUUAUCUUUUUUAAGGGAAGGAGAAAUAGCACUAGUAUCUAGUGCAUGAAAACCAGGGACUGCACUUUUGUAGAGGUAGGUGUGACAGGCCGUCCUCAUUGCAUCGCUCUCCUCUUUCCCCAACCCCACCCCCUCUCCCUUUCACUGUCGACCGCUACAGGCACUGGUAGCCUGCUGUGCCGGGGUAGAGCCGAUUUUCAAAUCAGUGCCGUUCCCAGACUAUGGUGAAUUAUGAAUGUGCCACAUCAUGAAUCUCUUGUGGCAGGUAACUGUGCAUCACACCUGGAAUACUGCCCUGGUUCUUCUUGUCUACCUCACGGUACGGAUGUGGAGUAUGUGCGAAGCAUCAAACAGAGAACAGAGUUGUCCAGAAAUCUGCUCCUGCAGUAAUCACUUCAGCAAAGUCGUCUGCACUCGCCGUGGACUCAAAGAGGUCCCUCAAGGGAUCCCUUCUAAUACCCGGUACCUCAAUCUCAUGGAAAAUAACAUCCAGCUUAUCAAGGCAGACACCUUUCGACAUCUGUACCAUAUGGAGGUCUUACAGCUCGGCCGGAAUUCCAUCCGGCAAAUAGAGGUUGGUGCAUUUAAUGGACUGACUAGCCUUAACACACUGGAGUUGUUUGAGAAUAGACUGACUGUGAUACCAAGUGGCGCAUUCGAGUCCUUUUCAAAACUGCGUGAAUUGUGGCUCAGGAACAAUCCCAUCGAAAGCAUUCCAUCAUAUGCUUUCAACAGGGUGCCAUCACUGCUGCGCCUGGAUCUUGGGGAACUCAGAAAACUAGAAUACAUUUUGGAUGGUGCUUUUGAGGGCCUAAUUAAUUUAAAAUACCUUAACCUGGGGAUGUGUAACCUGAGAGACAUGCCAAAUCUCACACCACUGGUGAGAUUAGAAGAGCUGGAAAUGUCCAGUAACCAUUUCCCUGCAAUUAAACCAGGGUCAUUUCAGGGGCUUAAAUCAUUAAAAAAGCUCUGGCUUAUGAAUUCGCAAGUCAAUCUGAUUGAGCGGAAUGCCUUUGAUGACCUCACUGCACUAGUGGAACUAAACCUGGCCCACAACAACCUUACUUCACUGCCACAUGAUCUGUUUGCACCACUGAGAUACCUGGUGGAGUUGCACUUACACCACAACCCAUGGAAUUGCGACUGCGAUAUCCUCUGGCUCACCUGGUGGCUGCGAGAGUACAUCCCCACAAACUCUACCUGCUGUGGCCGGUGCCACUCCCCGCUUCACAUGAGGGGAAAGUACUUGACCGAAGUAGAACAAGGCACUUUCCAAUGCUCACGACCAGUUAUACUGGAGCCACCACAGAACCUAAACAUCUCUGAAGGGAGAACAGCCAAACUGAAAUGUCGAACAUCCUCCAUGUCAUCUGUAAGGUGGUUGUUGCCAAAUAACACGGUAUUGAGUCAUGGCUCAACACAUCCCCGUAUGUCUGUAUUUAACAAUGGAACCCUAUACUUCUUGCACGUUUUAAUAACAGAUGCUGGUAACUACAAAUGUAUGGUCACCAACGUUGCAGGGAAUGCCGACGCAUCUGCCUUCCUCAGAGUCAGCAUGGCAGAGAUCAACACUUCAAAUUACACCUACUUUUCCACAGUUACCGUGGAAACAACACCCGAAACCGUCAGGACUAAAGUUCCGCCGUUUCUGUCGACGCCACCCACAUACAAGCCAGCGUUCAUCUCAACUCCAACGGUGCUACUGCAAAGCACGAGGAGUCCCAAAACAGUGGUGGUGGUCCCGACACUGGCCGCCAUGGACACAACUCGCACCAGCCUAGAUGAAGUCAUGAAAACCACGAAAAUCAUCAUCGGUUGUUUUGUGGCUGUAACACUGCUGGCAGCUGCAAUGCUCAUAGUGUUUUACAAACUUCGCAAGCGGCACCAACAACGGAGCACGGUGGCAGCAGCCAGGACUACAGAGAUCAUUAACAUGGAGGAGGAUCUCACGCCAUCCGAAGGAGCUGUUGUCGUACCCUCGGUCCACGACCACAUGAACUAUAACACGUACAAACCAGCACAUGGGGCUCACUGGACAGAGAACAGCCUGGGUAACUCGCUCAACACAAUACCUGAGCCCUUUAUUUUGCAGACACACACCAAGGAAAAGGUUCAGGAGACUCAGAUCUGACCUGUACAUUAUAUAUGUAUGUAAAAUAUAUAAUAUAUAUAUAAUAUAUAUAAUAUGUAAUAUACAUAUGUAUAUAUAAUAUAUAUAUAUCUGCAAUAGAAUGCACAAGUUGUCAGAAUUUUGUAAAAAGUGCAGAACCCAAGACUGUUUUCUUGUAUAUGCUUAUAUCAAAGCAACCAUGGCUGAUUUAAAAAAGUGAUUAUAUAUAUAUAUAUAUAUAUAUAGAUAUAUAUAUAAAAAUAAACUAUUUUCUAACCUGUAACUUAUGUUUAAGAAGAGAAAGCUGUUCAAGACGCUUUCGUGACUUUGGAAAAAAAUGGGCCGAACCAAUUUAAAAGGGCAUUCUGUAAUUUUUAAAGCCAGUGCUAUGAGGAUGCAGUCAAUCAUAUUUAUAUGGAAAUUCUUUCUAAGCCCAAUAUCAGACUUUACAGGUUUAUCUUGUAAAAGCACCAAUUUGUACUGUGCCAAAAUGUUAAAAGGCAAUAAAAAGGGAUUUUUUGAGAAGAGUUGAAUUAAUUUAUAACGGAAGAAAAAUCAUCAACCUUUUCAUCCGAGUGAAAUCAGCGAGGGCUCGUUCCACUUCAAGACAUUUUCUGUUUAUUUAUAAACACUCUUUUCUGCAUGCUGUGAUACUGUAAAUUCUAUAAAAUGGUGGAAGUGCAGACGAGUCUGCUAAUUACCGUAAAGCAUAAAGCAUAAUCUUGCUCUGUGUGUGUGUGUGUGUGUGUGUGUGUAUAUAUAUACGCGCACACACACAAGUGAAUGAAUGAGAUCAAGAGAAAAAGUGUGCGUAUGUGUGCGCGCGACUGAGUGAGAGUGAGAGUGAGAGAGAGAGAGAGAGAGAGAGAACGAGAACGAGCGAAAGGGAGUGAAAGAGAGAGGGGGAAGGGAAAAGAAAACAGGGAAUAGUACUACUAUAUGUGAUGAGCAGUAUGCAGUGAAACUUAUACUGGCAAAGAAUUUUGGAAAUGCCUGCAAUAAAUCCAAAAUAGGGGAAAAGAAAGAGAAUUGAAGUACAUUAUGUCAUAACUUCUGCAACAAGAACGGAAUGCAUUUCUAAAGACUGAUGUGAUUUAUACACAUUGCAUACUGUCGGCAGCUUCACAACGCUGCAUUCUCAUCCGUAGUGCUUAAAAAACUUAGCUUUUUUUUGUUGGCAGACUCUUGCUGCAGUGACUCAACAGAAGGGCAUGCAGCAAGGAAAGAGUUAAACAACAGUACAUUAAAUCCUUCUAUUGAUCACCUUCCAGUUCUGGUGAUUUAUUUUAAAAGAUGAUUCAAUGUGCUGAGUGUCAAGAAAAGAUCGCGCGGGUGGGGAAAGGAGUCUUAAUAGAUGUUCGCCAUUUUCAGAAAUGAAAUUAGCAUUAUUAAAUGACAGAUAGCAUACUUGCAUGGUAAGAUUAGAAAAUAUGGCCAUAAAAACGAGAUGUGCACAAAUGGUUUGAAUGAUGUUUGGCUAAGCUCAAGUCUAUUUAGGAGAAAGAAACUGAAAAUUCUCCUGCUUGCUUCAAUCGGUGUAAUAUAUGAAUAGCAAUCGCAUUCUUGUAAAAGUUAUUUGAAUUUUACUGCCUUAAUCCAUCUGCUGAGUGUGCUGCUUCUAAUCCUGCAUUAGCAUGCAGAGAGCACGAGCUGCCUAAUUUAGAAUUUUCUAAAUGUCGACAGAAUGGAUUGAAACAGAAUUGCAGUUUCAUAAACCCGCAAGCAGUCAGGGCAGUAGACCUGCGUCAAAAGAAAUAAAUGCGCCACGUUAAACCAUUAAAUUAGAUCCUGGAGAAUGGUGUUGAUUAGGGAAUGCUUGGUCCUACAUGCUCUAACCAUUAGCAUGCCAUUGUGCUUUGUGCUAAAACCGGGAGGUGGGGUAGUAAAGUUGAUGCACCAAGCACUUUAAUCAGCUCAGGAUCCGUUGCACUAACACAACACACACGAGAACAUUUCAUGGCUAACAAUCAGGAGCUGAUCGCUGUUCACCAUUUUAGCAGUGAUGGCUUUUAUUAUGUAUUAAUAUUCAUUGCUGAUUUUAAUUUCUAAAAUAAUAUUACUUUGUAACUUCUUAACAAUAUGACCAUGCGAAAUAGAAAUGAAAGUAAAAUAUGAAGAAUGUGUAAAGGACUGACAUCUAUAUUUCUGUCAAUGUAACCUUAACCUUAAUCUGUAAAAACAAUUUAUCUACACAGUGAUUUUUUUGAUGUUCAGAAGUGGGAUGAUGGCAGGUGGUGUAAAAAAUACAGCAAAAAAACAUAGAUCUACAUCAAAUGAGAUAUCGUAACUGUUUUGUUCAAACUUUAGCCUUCGAAUAGUAAUAUGAUGAAUGCCAUUGUUUACAUCAGCUUUACAAAUGCAACAGGUUUUAAGUAAAGCCAGCCACAACAAAUUGUAUUUUACAAUUCCCUUGACAUAGCCGUUCAGCUGAUUAUCACAUUUUAAUUUUUUAAACCAAAAAGGAAGUAAUAUUUGGAACAUUAAAAUUUGGGCAAGUAAACUUUCAAGGCUGUUGAAAAAUAUAAUAUGCUACAAAGAUAGAGGAAUUUCAGAAGUAAACCCGAAAAUUAGGACUUAAAUUAAAAAGUGGAGUGCAGAAAAUGAAAAUGUUGAAAGUCAAAGAAAUGCUGAAUUCUCAGAAAGCAUUUGGAUAGAAAACAUUGCAGCAAUAUUUUGGGAGGAUCGGGUGGAUAGCAACCUAAGUUAUUGCUUACAUACUAUCUGAACAUGCUAUUAAAAUCUAAGGUUCUAGCUUAAAUAUUUUAAAUGAUUUAUAAAAUUCUCAUUAGGUUCAGUAAUAUCCUUCAAAGAAUCUGGACUUUAUGCAAUUCCAGAUCUGCCAAUGUGAUUGACUUGUAAUUGCUGUCUCAGAUUAAGGACAAUUAGGAACGGAUAACAAUAUCCCAGCAUUAGCAGAGAUGUCCAUAUCUUGUGAAUAAGCCAACUAUAAAGACACUGUAACAACUAGUAAAGAUCCAUGUGCUUCCAAAUAUAAAUAUCCCUCAAUGAAAACAAAUGAAUGCCUCAAAAUAUACAUUAAUAAUUCAGUGCAGAGUAUAGUAUCUACUUAUCUCGAAUUAUGCUUCAGAAUUUAUAAAUCCAACUUUAGUUUGGAAGAAUGUUGUAAUAUAACAGAUUGACAGACAAGUCCAUCUGCAUGUCCUUGUUUGGUUUUGAGUUUAAAAACUCCACUGACAAACACUCAUGCAUUUGGAAAGUAAGACCUCGGGAAAUUUAGAACAAGCACUAUUUCUUGUGCAUGUCUGUAUGCACAUCAGUAUGUAUGUACUUGUGUUAAUUUUAUUCAUAUCUUCAAAUAUGUACAGGUAGAAACUCUCAUGCAGUAGCCUUGGGACCUGAUUGGUUCUGGACCGCAGAAAUUGCCUCCUGCUCACUACCUCUGAGCAAAAAAAGCUGCUCUUUUUAAGUUCUGAACACUCCCAACUUACAAGAACCCGCAAAUCGGUAAUGUUGCCUGAGAGUGCAAAAUCUGUACUGCUAAAUUAAUUAACUACAAACUAGUACAGAUUUUAUCGAAUUUUAUAUCCUAGUUAGCAUUAGCAGAUUAGCAUAGACAUGAAUGCCAAUCCAAAAUGCACUGUGCUAUGGGGAUUGUUGAAUGAAAGAACUUCGGACAAGAGUGCUUCAACCGGCAAUAAGUUUUCCAAUUGUGGAAUUUUUAAAGAAUCACUUACUACUAUUAAGUUACUUCAAAAUAAUUAUAAUGCGCAUUAACAAGAUUGGAUUUAACUGCUAACAAAUGAUCAAAAAAGACCCUUAAGAUGCGAAAUCUUUUGUGGGUGAUUUUUAACAUCUUUAUACCUCCAUGAGCUAUCACUUAAAAUCAACACAAUCAAUCUCUUCAAAAUUUUUGAUAUUGAACAUUAUUUUCUUUUAUAAAUGUCUCAAAGUGGUCUCAGCACAUUCUACGGCUGUUUUAGCUUUGCAACACUGGGCUUACUGCAGUAUCAUUUUCUGCCAAACCAGCACAGGAAGCCAUUUGCUGGGCUUUUCAUUUCUUUUUAAUUCACCGGCUCUGUCUCAGGUCCAGGGGUCUGUAUACAUCUGGUUAAUAUUGAGCUCCGAGACUCAAUAGUGAUUCAUCAUUCAAUUUUUUAAAAUCAACUCGUGAUUUUUAUUUUACAUCAGUUAAGGAAAAAAUAUAUAUUUACUGAAUUUCAUAAAAAUAUUGAACUAUGAUUUAAUUGUUUUGCAGAUAAUCUGCUCAAAUGUGCAAUGCUAGUAAUAUGUUUUUAUUGCUAAUUUCUUUUAUUGUUAUCAGAUGAAAACAUCAUGCCUUGGCUCACAGAUCGGUAUGAGUUGUUUUACAGAAUUUUCAUUUUUCCAACAUGUAAUCAUAAUUAUGUAUAUUAGUAUAACUGUGUUACAUCGUUCUGUAUUUUGAGGUUGGGAAAGAAAGGAGAUGAAAGAGAAAUGGAGAAAAGGUAUUGUACUUCCAUAACAGCCUUCUUCUCUCUUGAAGCUCAUGAAGCAGAAUGAAAGGAGAAUUUAAGUUCUUUUGGAAAGAUUUCCUUAAGUUACCAUUAAGCAAUGCUUGUAUUCAGCAAAAAGAAUUUGGACACACCAUCUGGACCAUAAGAUUCUUUAACACUAUCUAUAACAAAGUUCGGAAACUCUACUUUUUAAAUGUAUACGACAAAUACUGAAAUCUAUUCCUCCAGUGUUCUUCCACUGCACUAUAUUCUUGGGGUGGUUUGUUCAAGUGAAGGAAAACAAACAAUUGCUAUUUGAACUUAACUACGUAAUACAUGUGCGAUGCACACAUUUUAAAUAUACUCUUUUGGUGAAGAUUCUCCCUUUAGCAACAGUUUUGCUGAUGUGUUUAUUCUAAUCAUUUGUCAGACUUGAGUACUGUUGGCAAGGCCUCACAUUUAUUGCUCAAACCAAUGGCCUUAGGAGUUCCAGGAUUUAGACUAGCAACAAUGAGGAAGAGUAAUUAUCAGUCAGGAUGGUGUUGAGUUGGAGUGGAGCCCUCAGGGAGGGUUGUGGCUCUUAUCCCUUGAUAGCAGAGGCUGUGGAUUUGGGAGACACGGCUUAAGAAGCCUGGGCAGGGUAUGCAGUACAUUUUGCAGUUUGCACACCUUGCAGCUACUGCAUGCCAGUGGUGCGGGGAAUGAAUACUCAAGGUGGUAAAUGGAGUGCCAGUCAAGCUGUUUUGUCCUUUAAUAGUAUCAAACUCCUUUAGAAUUAUUGAUGCUGUGCUCAUCCAGGGAAGUGGAGAGCAUUUAAUAAUGCUUCUGACUUGUGCCUUUAGAUGGUGGAAUGGCCUAGAUUAUCAUGAGCUAAGUAACUCACACAGGAUAUGCAGCUCUUGUAACAGUUGUAUUUAUGAGGCUGGCCCAUAUUAGUUUCUUUAUAGUAGAGACUCCCAGGAUAAUAACGGUUGGUGAAAUGGCGAUCAUAACCUUAUUGACUGUCAUUGUAGAUUGCUUCAUGUUGAGGAUAGUCACUGCCUGGCACUUUAGGGGGAUUUUUUGCAAGAAAGAAACCAGUCCACCGCUAAGGUAAAUCCCAUUGAGAAACAAGGACUCUACAGAAGAGUUGGACCAAAUAUAAGAGGAAAAGAGAAACAAAAGUAUUAUAUCUUAUAAGCCACUAUACUCAACAACAAAUUGGA